GGUUCCAGUGCUGCAGCAAGUUUUCCAAGUAGGUGUCGCAUAAAACCGGCCACUCCAUUGAAUGAGACUACACUUCUGUAUCAAAGGCUAUCGCGACUCUCAUCUACCUCCUCCGAACCGACGUGCCUCGCCAAAGUUAUAGAAAAUCGUCACGAUGGCCACAUCGGAAAACAUGUUGACGUCGCUUCUAGCAGUGAUGUUGAUGGCUUCUGUUGACGGACUUCUUGUAAACGAAGCUGACGUCUUGGACAGAAAUGACUUUCGGGGCUACGAGGAUGACCUACUAGGACCCGUGGGUUAUGGUGGUCAUUCUGAGGUGGAACCUCAUUACAACAUGGCUCAGGGAGACUUGAAAACACCACAGAGGUUUCCGUCGCCGCUAAUGAAUACGUUGCUAUGGAGAAUGUCUGUGGAAUCCGAUGAUAAUACCUGUCCUGAAGAACAACCAAUUUUGGUUUCUGUCAAUGGACUAAACGGAAAGUUCUUAGUAUGUGCAUCACUUCAGGAAGCUUCACACAUGCGAAGUCGACGUGGCGUGGAAAGGUCACGAAUUUCAUCUAAAACGAGUCUUAGUGAAUUGAAGUCAAAUUCAGCCAAUCAGAAACGUUCUCGUCUUUCCAUAAAUGGUGCGUUAACCUCAUUGGCUGGAAUGCUCCAAUCAAAUGCGAGGAGACACGGGGGAAACAACAUGGGAGGAGUUGGCAGGGACCUUCUUUUGAAGAAGAUUUUAUCUAUAGGCUGAACGCCAGUCGGAAGACGAACUUCGACGUUUUUGAAAGGAUCAAAAUGUGAUGAUGGGAUUUUUGUCUUGGUUAUUAAUCUUGGUUAUUGACAUUAAGAUACACUUCAGUUCCUCUUCUAUGAGAUGUGCGUUUGCUCACGGAAAUAGCGUUUAACGCCUAAAAAUUGUUUCAACGAACAUUUUGUUUCGAGGGCUAAUAUAAUUUGUUUGUUUGUUUGUGAAGGUGGUCGCCAUUGGUUCUAUGAACUAUUGCCUUCACUUUGAUAAAAUAUUACCCAGAUACAAAUUAAUGUUCCCUUAAACCAUAAUGAUAUGAAUCUUAACACAGCAAAGUUUACAAAACGUUGGUGUCGACAUGCUACACAUUAUACUUAAAAUGGUUGAAAUAAGGUAAAAUAACUUAAUUAAAGAUCAUUGUCUCGCUGCACUCUGCUUUUUCUUGUAUAUACAGUAAAUCUCUUAUUUUCGUUUUGGAUAUUCCGUCUUUGCGUAUUGC